AUGAUCAAUGUAUAUAGUACCACUCGGAUCGCAAAAUUACAUGUAUUUCCUUCUUCAACAUUGUUGUUAAAAUCUGAGUCGAGAAUACUUGCGAAAUAUGCACAAAGCAGUAGCAAUGUUCUAACAAAGAAGUUUUCCAAGGUAUUUUAUUCCCAACAGGCGAACCAAGGGGAGUCUCGUAACGAUAAGGAAAAAUCAAGUCGAUCAAAGAAGUUUUUUGUUAGAGUAGGCUUUGGUCUAUUAAUUCCCUAUACUUGCUAUGCAGUAUUUGUCUCUCUAUCAGCAUUUAGGGAAAUUGGAAUCAGGAAUAACUUAUUGGCAGAUGUCGAGAAAGAUGAUAACAGGAAUUUCGAAGGUACUUUAUUGAAAUAUUCGCCAUUACAAGUAUUAGGACGUUAUGAAAAUCCGUUCCCUGAAUAUAGAAUUCAAACCGUUUAUGAAUUUUUUUUCAAUAGAGUGGUUGAGUUGUUUGAACGUAAUAGAGGUGGGAUUCCUCCUGAUCCAAGACAAAUGGAGAAGUUGAUGCCCGUUCAUAAGCCAGUUUGGCCCUCUGAGAUAGAAGAUACCACUGAUUUAUUAAUUGACUAUAAGAUAGUACAUAGAGAUUCGGCAGAUUUCCAUGACGGGCGGAAUGUCAACUUGACAGGUCCCUAUGAGCCAGAAAAUAUCCCAAUAUAUAAUACAUGGCUUGGUCAAUCUUGUAAUUAUGUUAUGUACAACGGAUUGAAAAUUAUAACAGAUCCGAUCUUUAGCGAAUAUCUACUUAGGGAGAAUAUAGGCCCCAAGAGAAUUACAGGUAGACCUGCUCUAAUUACAGAAGUUCCUGAGCCUGAUAUCAUAUUGAUAUCGCAUAAUCAUCCUGAUCAUCUCGAUAUGAUGAGUCUGGAUCACUGGGCUACAUCAAACACAUUAUGGAUAGUACCGAAGGGCAUGGGGAAAUUUAUGAGGAAUCAUAAUGUGAAAAAUGUUAUUGAAUUGUCAUGGUGGGAUAAAUGUGAGUUAAUUAAAAACAAUCAAAAUUAUGAAGUGGCUUGUACGCCUGCAAUGCAUUGGUCAGGAAGGUAUGUAUAUGAUACAAACCAAUCGUUAUGGUGUACAUUUAUGUUUUCUCAUAAUGAUAGACCGAUCAUGUUCCAUGGCGGUGACACAGGUUAUGUGAAUGAUUUGUUUAAGAGAAUUGGAGAAAGGUAUGGUCGCGGUGUCAGGUUGGCAUUAUUACCUUGCGGGCAAUAUUGUCCUGAAUGGCAUCAGAGACCAAGACACAUAAACCCCAAUGAGGUGAUCAAGAUAAUGAAUGAUUUGAAAGCAAGAAAUGUGUUAGGUGUACAUUGGGGGACUUUUUUGUUAAGUGGUGAAUAUUUUCUUGAACCAAAGGAAAAAUUGGAACAAUUGGCUGUAUUUGCUGGCAUUAGGGAUAAUUGUUAUUGUCCAGAACUGGGUGAAACCAUUAAAUUUGAAUAA